CAUAUUAAUUGAACAUGUUUAAGAAGAUAUUCCUUACAAACGCAUUUUGAGUAAAGGAAUCAACUUAGCAAGCUGAGUUUUUGGAAGUGUUAGGGAGACUGAGGAAUGCAGCAAUGAGACAGACAGAUGGUGUCCUUGCCCUCAGAGCCUGCCAGUCUGGGAGACAGCCAAACCUGCAUUUACCAGAGGCAGCAUAUGUACUGGCAGGGGAAGUACAGGCUGCUGCAUGAGUCCACGGGGGUACUGGACCUGGUGAGCUGUCACUGGAGAGCCUGCGGUCUGGCUGUGCCACACCUCCACUGCUUCCCAGCCCUUUCUGGCUGUCUAUACCAGGAUCUGGGGAGGCUGGACAGACAGCUUGGUGAGCUCCUCAGGGCUCCAUGGACAUGGGGCUGGCAGGACUGUGGCAUGAAAUGAGGGCACAUGGAGGUGGGUGAGAUUGGGUGGUCUGGUUGGUGGCCAGAGGGCCGUGGGCUGAGUACCACUUUACCUCUAGUCCCUUCCUGCCUGGCACCCUCCAACUCUGGAGGGCAGUAGUGAUACCAAGCAUCCUGCCCUGGUAGAUUAGGGGGCAUGUCAAUGCCCCCUGCAUUCCACCAAACCUCCUGGAGGCAGGUGGGACAUAGAAGGGAAACUGAGUCCCAGAGAUGGAUCAGAUAUACCCUAGGUGAGCUGGCCAAGCUCCCCAAUGCCACGGCUAGUCCCUCUGGUACAGCAAUGACACUUCUCUCCUUAUGCUUCACAGCGUUUGAAAACAAGGCCCUGGACUCCAGCUGGUUUGGUGGGAAGAGGAGUGCCCUGCAGAGGCUCUAUGACCUUGACCAGGGCCCGCUCUCCGCCCUGGCCGAGGUGCACCGGCAGCGGCGCGACCUGCUGCGCCGCGCCUGCAGCCGCCACACGCGCCGGCAGCGCCUGCUGCGGCCGGAGGACCUGCGGCACGUGCUGGUGGACGACGCGCACGGCCUGCUCUACUGCUACGUGCCCAAGGUGGCCUGCACCAACUGGAAGCGCGUGCUGCUGGCGCUGGGCGGCCGCGCCCGCGGAGACCCGCGCGCCAUCCCCGCGCACGAGGCGCACGCGCCGGGCCGCCUGCGCUCGCUGGCCGACUUCAGCCCGGCCGAGAUCAACCGGCGCCUGCGCGCCUACCUGGCCUUCCUCUUCGUGCGCGAGCCCUUCGAGCGCCUGGCCUCGGCCUACCGCAGCAAGCUGGCGCGGCCCUACAGCGCGGCCUUCCAGCGGCGCUACGGCGCGCGCAUCGUGCGGCGCCUGCGGCCGCGCCCGGCCCCCGACGCGCUGGCCCGCGGCCACGACGUGCGCUUCGCCGAGUUCCUGGCCUACCUGCUGGACCCGCGCACGCGCCGCGACGAGCCCUUCAACGAGCACUGGGAGCGCGCGCACGCGCUCUGCCACCCGUGCCGCCUGCGCUACGACGUGGUGGGCAAGUUCGAGACGCUGGCCGAGGACGCCGCCUUCGUGCUGGGCCUGGCGGGCGCGCCCGGCCUGCGCUUCCCCGCGCCGCCGCCCCGGGCCCCGGCGGCCGCCGCGCGCGACCAGGCGGCGCGCCUCUUCCGGGACAUCAGCCCCUUCUACCAGCGGCGGCUCUUCGGCCUCUACCGCAUGGACUUCCUGCUCUUCAACUACUCCGCGCCCGCCUACCUGCGGCUGCGCUAGCCCGCAGCGCGCGCUCCCCGCCGAGGCCCCGCGGUCUGCGCUCGGGCCGCGGCUGUGCGUUUCUAACGAGCCCCGAGAUGCUGGUGCUGCCGCUCCGGCGCUGCGCUCCGAGACCCGCGCCCGCGCCCUCGUGGGCCUGGGCCGCCCUCACGCCGGCCGGGCUUGCGGGCCCCCCAGGUCAGGUGGGCGGCUGAGCACCUGUGCGCCCCCGACCGCCGACCCUGCCUGGUGCUAGGUGCUUCCUUCCUCUGCCUGCUCCGGCGGGCAGCGCCUCCCCUGGCUGGGUGGGGACUGGCUAAUAGUUUUUUAGGUUGUGAGAGGCCAUUCUUUUUGGUCAGCUCUGCCGCCCAACCUGUCUGCGGCGUAAAAGAGUGGAAUGCUGGCUUGGUGCAGACUGUGGCCCAUCCCAGUGCCUUCCUCACCUCACCCACCCUGGAAAGGACAGCCCUGGCCAGGGAGAGAAGCCCUCCCUGACUGCAUUCGGGCGGGGCCGUCCUUGCUGAGGGGCACAGGUCAGGCGCCAGCCGUGAGCCGCCUUCCACUCUGCCUGUGGCUGCCCCGCCGCGGCCCCAGGUGUCAGUCUGGCCAGAUGCUUGGUCGUCUGUGUGCCCACAGAGCCCAGGGUGCGGUGCUGUGGCAGGUUUCAUAGGACCUUGGAGAGCUGGGGAGCUCCUGUUUUUGAAAUAAAUGUGUUUUGUUGCUUUCUGACA